AUGGCGGCUCUAGUGCAAGGCUAUCCCCAGCAAUCGGGGACCGUAACUAUGCUUCAAACCAGGCCAUCUUCAGCCUCUGGCAUGCUACAGACGAUCCCUACCCAGCCCGCCAGCCAACACAGGCCGGCAGGCUCCCAGAGGCAAAAUGGCAUCCACGCGCUGCCUUCCUCGGCGUCGACCCCCGCCAUCCACCGCGGCCCCGGACCUAUCCAGCCUUAUGCAUUUACGACCACGCCCACCGCUCUUAAUCCACCAACACAGUGGCAGCAAGUUCGGGCACACCGCACAGGAUCUUCACCUGCUGUGCCCAAUAUCCAGGCUCUCGACCUUUCGCGCUCCAGGUAUGCCGCUAGCUCCUCUAUGACCAACCUGCCCAGCACCGUCAACAUUUCCUUGCAUACCAACAUUGGUUCCAGAGACGAUUCUACUAUCCCGGCCCGGCCAGCCACCUCUCCCCGUCCUGCCAAUCCAAACACCGCGACACAGUCAUCGACUCCAUCCGCAACGCCCCCUCGCCCUCUACCGGAGAGAUACAGGCGAUCAGCCUUGCGUCCAGACCCAUCUGUGCUGAGCCCAGCUACUUCGCCCGUUGCCGCGACGACCUCCGGCAACGUCAACGACGCCCCCAGCCUGACCCUUCCAGACCCAAACUCACUCUCGCUGCUUCGGCCCUCUCCUCCCCCUGGCAAGAACCGGCCAAACAGUUGCGUUGCGUCUGCUCGGUCUCCUGUGGACGAUUUUAGCGUCCCUCGCGGCCAGACCCAAGAGGAAAUCAAGAAGAUCCGCAGGCGCAGUUUGCCUGCAUUGGAUUCCGUGCAUUUGAUGCCGUACGACUUCGCUCAGUCAGGGGAAUCGCGCCGUCCACAAACUGCUGAUAACAACGAUAAUCGCGCCUCCCAUGCUGCCUCGCGUUUGAUAGCGGACCUAAAUGGCUAUGCUAUGGAGCUGGCACACUCUGACGUCCGCGCUUCUCGCCAAAGUGGAGAGAGCACUCAACCAUCUUCUGCCAGCCGCAAUGCCAGCCCCGUCCCCACCACCAAUAACCCCACUCCCACUUCCUCCCUUCCUCAUCAGCAGACUGCCAGCCACGGCGCCCACAGUCCAGUCAACAUCCCGCCGCGCAGUUCAUCGACCGAUGCCGCUAGCGCGAAGAAGACAGGCAAUCCUUCGCCCCUUUCCAAGCCGGUGACGAUGGAUGAGGCUACGGCGGGCACCAAUGCCGCCGACGCAUCCAGCUCUACACCUCAUACUGCGCCCUCGCCGAGUCGCAUCGAGAGUCUCGCAGUGAGAAAGCUGACGGACAUUAGCGAAAAAAGCGGCAAGCCUAGGAGCAAGACGUCACGACUUCGCCGUGCUUUCUCUUUUGGCAGCGCUGCAGAGUUCAGAAAGGCUGUGCAGGGCGCCGACGAAGAGAGCAAGUCUCACAAGGCUCGCAAGCAAGAUGGCACCGAGGACGAGGAGCAGGACCGCAUUGCUCAGCAGCAAGAAGCGGCUGGCAUCGGGAGCAAUAUCUAUGGCGGGAGGUUCUUUUCCGGGUCGACCGAUAAUCUCUCCAUCUCGUCCACGGCGUCGUCGGCUUCGAUUAUGAUUCGGAAGAUGGGCCGUGGCAUGAAGAAGGGAACUCGGUCUCUCGUUGGUCUCUUCCGCCCAAAGUCGCUUAUUGGCGACAAGGCAGGUGAAGCGAAGCAGAAGGAUCUUCCUCAGACUGCUGUGUCCAUGGUCACCGCAGAAGCCGAGGUUGAACGGGCCAUUGUGCAUCCUGAAACUCAACAACUCCGUGGAGCGCUCGACUUCUCCCGUACCGGGAGCAGUUCUGGUGAUACGAAUAAAUCACCUGGUGCUCCUGACUCCUACCGCCCUGCCAGCUCGGAGGUUGAUAACUCUUUUGCUACUCCCGAACCACCAGCUCGCAAGACAAUUGUCGGGGAUGCAAAGGAUCGAGCGGAAGUCCUGGCCUCUGUUACCCCCGUCCGUAAGGGCAUCUUGAAGAACCGGAAUGGUUCUUCAAGCUCUCCUCGCCCAUCUGAAACCAAGCCGUCUGAUUCGGAUUCUUCCAGCUCGAGCGCCCCGAGCACGCCCAGCGAGGACCAGCAGGGAGCAAAACGUGCUCAGACCAUUGCGGUCGGAAACGAGGACUACUUUGUGUCGGCCCUUCGUCUCCGCCAGGAAAAGGGCAACACUACGCCCGGGCAGCAGCCUAAGCGGUGCACGACGUUUAGUCCUCGCAUCGUGUUCUUCGAGACUUGGCCGAGUCAAGAGUAUGAUCGUCGCGGUGAUAUCGCGACGUGCAAUCGUCUUACUCCCAUGUUGGCUCAACAAAUCAAAGAAGAGCUUAACAACUUUAAGAUGGUUGGUAUCCUUAAUCCACCUGACGGAGAGAUAUGGUGCUAA